CUGCACCGCCGCUCCGCACCGAGUGCUGAGACACAACUAGCUUUUCCUCCUUGGGCUGCAAGGUAUGUUGCUUAAAUUGUCAAUGGAUGUUUCCAAAAGGCUUUGCAUGGCUUAGUGGAAAACCAUGACAUGAUUCUGUGCCUCACCUCAAGAUUCUCCUCUCCUCAGAGUGCUGCGUAAAAGUAAACACGCUCAUUUGCUGCAGGAUCCAGCUGUGUAGAAAGCCAAAGACACCUUGUCGUGCGUCAUCUUCCUCUGGCGGUGAUAUUUGCUUUGGAUUUUUAACAUUUUCUGCAUUUCAACAUCAUUUUUACAACGCACUGCCUGACUUUUUGCCCACAGCUGUUUUUUCCUGUUUGGAUCACCAGCUGAAAUAAGCGGAAAGACUGUGAGACAAGCGGAGGGGUUUGAUUCCAGCUAACAGACCUUUUUAUACGGAAUUAUUUGUCGGAUUGAAUCUACAUAAAUUUGGGUUCAUGCCGGAUUUCGAGCAUUUCAGAUUUUCCUACUCGAGCAUGAAUCCUGUCCUGGGUGAGAACGGCUUGCUGGCUCCCCAGCAGCAUCACCAGAUGACGGGCCAGACCGAGUCUGCCAUCCCGGAGCCGGGAUACUUCCUGGGCGACCACGGAGGAUUCGGACCCGACGGGUUGUCUGGGCUUGACCUGGGGGCUCUUCCGCCGUCGGGCCUGGCCUACCUUCACCUGGGCAGCCCCCUGCACCGCGUCCCCCCCGCGGCCACGGCGCUGCGCAACGACUUGGGAUCCAACAUCAGCGUGCUGAAGACCCUGAACUUGCGGUUCCGCUGCUUUUUGGCCAAAGUGCACGAGCUGGAGCGCAGGAAUAAGGUGUUGGAGAAGCAGCUGCAGCAAGCAUUAGAAAAUAACAGCGGGUGCGAUGCACACCAGAAGCCCCAAACCAAAGAAAUGGGAGUACAGACCGGAUUUAUCGGGCCCAUCACCACUAGACCCAAUAUCAUGCCGCUCCACAACGCCAACAACUCGGCCUACCUACCUGGUGGCCUUCUCUCUCCCACUCUGAACCCCCCUCCCCUCUUUGACAACAAAUACUUCCAGGGAAGCAACCUCAUCACCGAUUCAAACUCCAACCUUACAGCUUCCUCUUUUUCCACUAGCCCGGCGCUGAGUCCAAGCGACCCAUUCAAACCCAUCACGAACAUCAACGAGAAGCAGGCCUGUCACACCGGGACAAACACCACUCUACCCCCACCACCACGCUUCAUGCCCGGGUCCAUUUGGUCCUUCAACCACACCCGGCGCUUUGGCGCCGGGAGGGAGUCCUGCGUCGCAGGGCCCGGGGUCUCCUGGACGCACCCAGACGGUGUUGGAGUCCAGAUCGACACCAUCACACCGGAGAUCAGGGCUUUGUACAACGUGCUGGCCAAAGUUAAGAGAGAAAGAGAUGAAUACAAGAGAAGAUGGGAGGAGGAGUACACAGCCAGGAUGGACCUGCAGGAGAAGGUGGCUGAACUUGAAGAGGACUUGCAGGAAAGCGAAGUGUGUCAGGAUGAGCUGGCUCUCAGAGUAAAGCAGCUCAAAGCGGAGCUUGUUCUCUUCAAAGGACUCGUCAGCAAUGCAAGUCUGCUCUGUUGCUUUGAUUUAUUCAAACCCUAUAUCCUGGACCUUUCCGAUCUGGACAGUAAGAUCCAGGAAAAGGCCAUGAAGGUGGACAUGGAUAUCUGCCGGCGCAUUGACAUCACCGCUCGCCUCUGUGACGUCGCCCAGCAGAGGAACUGCGAUAAUGUGAUCCAGUUCUUCCAGGCCACCCCCCCCUCCACUUUGAGCCGCCAGUCCAGGAAGCAGGGCGGGCACUCCGCGAAGGGCGGGGAUGGAGACGACCAAAGCAUGUCUGAGGGCGAGGGAGGCGGCGCCAAAGACGACGAGUCGUGCGCCUCGGCGGCCAAUCAGAUCAACGAGCAGAUGCAGCGGAUGCUGAACCAGCUGAGAGAGUGCGAGUUUGAGGACGACUGCGACAGUCUGGCCUGGGAGGAAACCGAAGAAACCCUGCUGCUGUGGGAGGAUUUUCCCGGAUACACGCUGGGAGUGGAAGCGCAGGGAGAGCUGCAAGAGGAGUCCAUCGAGAAAGUCAUAAAAGACACAGAGUGUCUGUUCAAAUCCAGAGAGAAGGAAUACCAGGACACCAUUGACCAGAUAGAGCUUGAACUGGCCACAGCAAAGAGCGACAUGAACCGCCACCUGCACGAGUACAUGGAGAUGUGUUCCAUGAAGAGGGGGCUGGAUGUCCAGAUGGAGACCUGCAGGAGGCUCAUCACGCAGAGCGGAGACAGGAAGUCCACCUCCCUCAUCACGCUCUCGGUGGACGACUCCGACAACGAGGACAAGGAGAGGAAGAAGCUGGCUCUCCCCGCCGACUCUGAGAGCAGAGACUCCCGCCGCGACAUCAAUGCCGCUAUCCCCCCCCUGACUUGGAGAAAACCCUAGCAUUCAGACGUCAGCUGUCUGCACAUCCUGCGCAGCGGCUGAGCGACAGGAAAACCAACGCUAGCACACGCACAUCAGAAACUGUGCGACUUUUGAUUUCAUAGAGGCAGUAGCGCUUUAGAAGCAGCAGUUGUGAAGUUUCCUUUCAUUUGAAAUCAUCCUCACGUGUAUGCAAAAGCGGCCAGUCAGCAGAUCUUUGAUCGUUUCUUCACCUGACUGAAAAAUCAGCCAGCAUGGCAUCAGGAAAGCAGCAGAGAAGUUUAUCUUCUAAAUACAGAGUUUGCUUAUGAUUAUGUAUAGUGGGUUAAAUUACUUCUAUUGACAGUGAGGGACAAGUGGAAUUCGAGAUGGAUUAGUUGAGGUGGAUAAGACAAAGUUUUAAUAUCUCUUAGCUCUCUCUUGUGGUGAUAAGGUGUAACUACAGCAGGGUGACAAUUUAGGAAAUAAAAUCCACUUAUCCUUCAGUUUUGUUUGACUCCAGAAAAGGGAUGCAUUAUCUUUUCCCCACAUACUGAUCCUACUUUUGAGUGCAGGAGUCACUUAUCUGCACAGUUUAAACUAUUGAAAUAGUGCACAAAGAAAGUAGUUUGCACAAAAGUGGCACAACAAAAAUGUUUAUCUGACUUACAAUUUCGUUUGGCUUUUAAAUAUUCAAAGCAAAGUAUGGUAAUUAUUCAAAGCCCCAAAUUUAUUUUACUGAUUUUCCUCUGUCUCUGUUUAAGCCCAAUUUGCCUUAAACUUGAACCCAGCUUUUGAGAAAAUGAUUCAAUCGAUGCUGAAGAGAAAAUUAAGACGCUGUUUCUUCUGGGUGUUAAUAAAGGUUUAGUGAUCAUGUUUUAGCCUUAUAGCAAUGCUUAAAAGAAAAGUAGGUUGCUAUUUUUUUAGCAGCUUUUGUAAUUUUUUAUUUUUCUUCUGUCUUAGCCAUGGAAAACAAUUUUUGGCAGAGAGAGUUUAGUAUCAUAUGGACUCUUUUUGAUAUGUGCUCAUAGCAUGUUUGUAAAUGCUAAUCUUAGUGGAGUGAAACUAAAAGCUAUAUGUUUGGUAAUAAAAUGUUUCUGUAUUUUUAGAUUAUCAAAAUUGACUUAAUAUAGUUAUUAUUCCCAUUAAAAAAAAGGGGGAAACAUCCCAAUGUAGAACUAGUUUGAUAUGUAGUUAAACAUGUCUGGAUCAAUUGGACUCGUGAAUUUUGUUUUUGUGAUGUCAUUGUUGGUUCUUUUGACUUGAGUCUUUCCAACCUGAACACCCUGAGCUCUUAAGAAUUUAAAAGUCAAGAUUUAUUUAUUUAUUUGUUUGUUUGUUUUUAUUUGUUUUAGAUUUGAAUGCAAUUUGAAUAUGAGAAUAUCUCAGAUAUUCCAGGUUUUUGGG